UAUGUUGUGUGUACUGUGGGAGACCAGAUAUAGUGAAUGCAGGGUCCGGGGAGACCAGAUACAGGGAAUGCAGGGUCCGGGGAGAGCAGAUAUAGUGAAUGCAGGGUCCGGAGAGACCAGAUAUAGUGAAUGCAGGGUCCGGGGAGACCAGAUAUAGUGAAUGCGGGGUCCGGGGAGACCAGAUAUAGUGAAUGCAGGGUCCUGGGAGAGCGGAUAAGUGAAUGCAGGGUCUGGGGAGAGCGGAUAUAGUGAAUGCGGGGUCCGGGGAGACCAGAUAUAGUGAAUGCGGGGUCCGGGGAGACCAGAUAUAGUGAAUGCAGGGUCCGAGGAGAGCAGAUAUAGUGAAUGCAGGGGUCCGGGGAGACAAGAUAUAGUGAAUG